CUGUGGAAACCAGUAGCGAAUAAUCGCACGCUACCUAACCCCUGUGGCGUGGCGUGGCGCGUCUUUAGUUUUUUCCCAUUGCGCCUGAGAGAGUCUUACCGGGCGCGCACGUCGAGCAAUGGAUGCUGCCGCGGGUCGCGGCGUGCGUUACACGUCAGUAACCGCAUCAGGAGAUUCGAUUUCAUCGUCCGGCCGUCAGCAGUUCUCCCCCGCCCUUGGCCCAACUUCUCGCGGAAUUUCCGGCGGAAAUGGCGGCGCGGGUGCGGAGGGCCGUGCGAGGCGCGUUAAGAGCCUAUUGGAGGGGUAUUACGGCCAUGGGGGUGGCUCUCCGGGAGCGGAAGACGCGGCGGGAUCGGCGGCGGGGAGUUCGGGGGGUCGCGAUGACAUCAACUCGAGAGCGUUUGACGCUGACUCGUUUGUAGCAAACUUGAUCCGCGAGGCCAAGCUGGACGACCUGCUGCAGAAGCACGUGUCGUGGGCAGCUGAGAUCAAGAACCUCGACAGCGACAUGCAGAUGCUGGUGUACGAGAACUACAGCAAGUUCAUCAGCGCUACAGACACCAUCCGCACGAUGAAGGACAAUGUAGCAAGCAUGGAGUCGAGCAUGGACCAACUGCUGCGCACGGUGACGACAGUGCAGGAGCAGAGCACCGCCAUCAACAGCUCGCUGUCAGAGAGGAGAGAGAGGAUUGAGCAGCUGAAUGGCACGCGCAGCCUGCUGAGAAAGGCGCAGUUCAUCUUCGACCUGCCUAAGCGACUAAGAACAUAUUCCAAGAGCCACCAGUACCGCGCAGCAGUCAAGGCUUACGUCGGGGCUCUGCCUAUUCUCCAGUCCUAUGGCGAGACAUCGUUCCGCACAUGCAAGCAGGAGGCGGAUGACGUCAUGGCUGGCAUCAGCAAGAGGCUGCAGGCGCGGGUGAUGGGUGAGGAGGAGCCCAUGGAGCAGAGGGCCGAGGCUGCCGUGCUGCUGCAGGAGCUGGGCCACCAGGUUGGGCCUCUCAUGGACGCGUAUCUCUCGACGCACUGGGAGCGGCUGGUGGGCGAGCUGAGGAAAGCAAGCGAAGAGGUCGGGAAGACGGGGGAGAGGGGCGUGGUUGACCCCACGGCUCCCUCGCAGACGUUUGUCGAUGCGCUCAAGAGGGACUUCAUGGAUGACUUCGAGCGCACAGCAGCUUCGUUCCGAGGGAUAUUUCCCAUGGGCGGGGAUAAGCUCACUGCUGCCACCCGCUCGCUUUUCAACGAGUACAUCACCUACCUGCAACGCUGCAUGCAGCCGUCAGAUUCUAGCUCCUCCACUGACCUCGUCUUUGCUCUCAGAAAGAUAUCGCAGGACGUGGUGAAAAUGUCAGAGCUGGUCCCUGAUGCUGACCUGCAGGAUAAGGCAGCAGAGGCCAUGGCAGCAGCAGUGCGCGAUCACAUCAUGCAGGGCUUUGCACUUCUGGAGAUUCGGAUUACAGACGCGCUGCACGCAGUGGCAGCAAAGCCAGGCGUGCCCGGUUCUCUUGCCUCCCUCGCUGCUGCACCGGCCAAGUCGCUAGGAGGAGGAGACAGGCCCCUGGCAGCAGUGCUGGAUUCUGUGCAAGCGCUUAUCCUCAACUCCUCCCUAAGGCUGCUAGAGGAUUUCAAGUCUCUGCUGCACGACCGUGUCGACCUCCUCUCGUCGUGGACCGACGACUUCCUCUCUCUCGUCCAAUCACAGCUCGCCGUCCUCUAUUCCUCCCUCAACUCCCACUUCCUCUCCCUCUCCACCCCUUUACCCGCCCACGUGCACCAAUCACCCACCGGCACGGAACGGCCCCCUCCCUCAUCAUCCGGAUCAGGAGGCCCCGUGCCGAUGCUGGUGCUGCUGCUGGCACGCCUCUCGCUCUUCAUCCAACACUCUGCCCUGCCCAAGCUAGCCGCAGUGCUCGAGACCCAAUUCGCCCCGCGCAAUGUCCGUUUGGACGACGAGAGUGAGCAGCUCUUCUCCUCUUCCGAACUCAUGAGGCAGUUCCACGACACUUCCGAGAAGCUUCUGCAGCAGUACGUGGAUCUCGAGGCUCGUAAGCUGCAUCAGAUGAUCGCCAAGAGUGUAUCUACACCUAAUUGGGUCAAGUACAAGGAGCCUCGGGAUGUGCGCAUGGUGGUAGAUUUGAUUCUGCAGGAGGUGGAGUCAGUGGAAGAUUCGGUAGAGCAGCUGCUUGAGCCCGGAGCAGAGCGCACCCGAACCUCUCGAGGAGGCUCGGGAGGCAGCUAUGGGAAGAGCCGCGGCAGCGCAGGCUCGGGAACAAGUGGAGGAGGGGGAGGCGGGAGGAGCGGAAUGGGAGGUGGGCAGAAGGAGAGAGGGGGGAACCGGGGAAGGGUGUUGGAGAGGGACGUUGCAAAGCUGUUUAAGCAACGGGUGGAGAUCUUUACUAAGCUUGAGUUCACUCAGGAUUCAGUCAUGGCUACUGUAGUGAAGCUGACUCUAAAGAGCUUCCAGGAGUGUGUGCGCCUGGAGACGUUCAACCGAGGCGGGUACCAGCAGAUCCAGCUCGACGCGCUCUUCCUCUGCGAGUCAUUGCGAGCAUAUGUGGACGAUGAGACAGCGGUUGAUACCCUCAUGGAUGAGGUGUGCACAGCAGCAGCGGAGCGCAGCCUGGAUCCCACAUCCAUGGAUGCUGUUGCCAUGGACCGAAUCAUGCAGGCCAAGCGCUCCCGCUCCUCCACAUGAUGCUCCUCCACAUGAUGCCCUAUGUGAGGGAUAUGAGUGCGCAUACGCAUCAAUGGAUGCCGUUGCCAUGGAUCCCAUAAUGCAGGCCAAGCGCUCCCGGUUGUCCACAUGAAUACAUGUACUUCCAAGGCCAUGGGUACUUGCACUGUGAAGCAGAGUGGAUGUAUGGGGCAUGCAUGCAUAUGCCACAAAGCAGGUCACUGGUCAAAUGAAUGUACCAAGGAAGCACUGUAGCAGUCUGCAGUCCCCUGUGCAGUUGUUCUUGUGUGACGAGCUGUAUGGACUACUACAGGCCCUCAAAUUCGUUUUAGGCCACGCUGAUUGAUCAGUGUCGUGUCGAUCUUAAAAAACUCCCUGAAAAUCAGUUUUUGGUAGUGGUUUUCUUACUGGUUGGCCCU